UACGGCUAGCAAAAUCAUUAUUUAAAGUUCAGCCAAAUCAUUCAUGAAUCGAGGUCACUCUUUUUUUUUGUUGCAAGUGAGCAUUUUUUAAUCAUCGAAUGCGCAGCAAAUCUUUAUAACCAUUGUUUUCAUAAAAGUGUUGGAUCGGAUACAACUUACUAUACAUCAUUUGAUAGAACAACGGCAACAAAUAACAGCAUUGGUCAGAUGGAUUUGAUAAAGGAGAAAUCAACACUACCUACUGAAGAGUUGACUCAAUAUAUGGGAUAUUUAACCAUCACAGAAAGAUUAGCAGAAACAUCUGCAUCAUCAGCGACAACGUCAUCAAACAUGAUAAAAGAUUCGUAUGACCGACCUAUCAAAGUACCUCCAGUAGAUCCCAAGAAUUCGUUCGAUUAUGAUCAUAUGGACAUAAUACCACAAUUCGAUGGAAAAUCAAGCAAUUUUUUGUCAUUUAUAAGAUUAUUUGAUGAUGUAGUAGGCACAACCACGACAAUCAACGAAAUCAAGUUGAUAUGUUUGAAAAAAAAGUUAGAUAACAUGAGUCGUAAUCUGAUCGCAGGCAUAGAUCAUAAUUACGAAUAUGCAUAUGCCAUAUUAAUGGAAAAAUAUUGUGACCCGUGGGUGGUAAAACAAGAUGUCCUAAAAGAAAUGGCUGAGCUACCGAACAUUGAAGACCCGAGCCAAAUUGAUGAAAUGAUAGGAAAUCUGGGAAUAAUAAGAAACAGAUACUAUCAACUAUGUGAAGACUCAGUUCAUCGAGAUUUCUUAGAACGGGAAUUAUUCUAUAAAAUCUGUAAUAAGUUCCCAUGGGUAAUUGCGGAUAAAUCAAAUAAUUUGCUUGGAAAGCCAGAACGCAUCCAUGUAUUCAUGAAAGACGUAGAACUAAUGAUUAUGGACUGGGAAAUGAGACAAAAUCACAAAACAACAAAAUCACCAAAGUUUAAUAACAAUGCGAAAGAAUGUCGAUUCUGUGCAAGACAACAUUUGACACGUGAAUGUCCUAUGACGAUUGAAGAAAGAAAACAGAUUAUAGAAGAAAAGAAUCUUUGUUACAGAUGUCUUAGCGAAAAUCACCAAACAGAAUUAUGUCCAAAAAGAAGAAAUGGUUGUUUUAAUUGUGGAGGAAAUCACAGCUAUUUGAUUUGUCAUGUACCAUCCCGAAAUAAUCGAAAUGUUCGACGAUAAUAACACACACACACACACACACAAACAGAAAUACCGAAAAUCGAAAAAAUUAACCACCAAUUAACCCAAUCAAUC